AUGGGGGGAUUCGUCGAUGGAAUCGAAACAUAUUUGGGCCUCAUCGGCUGGCGCAAGAAAUGCCUCUACACCCUGUUACUCCUCCUAAUGCUCCUGAUCAUCACAAAUCUGGCACUGACGCUCUGGAUAAUCAAGGUUAUGGAGUUCUCCACGGAUGGAAUGGGCCAGCUGAAGAUUGUGCCCGGUGGCAUACAAUUGUCCGGUCAGGCGAUAAUCAUGGAUAUGCUACGCGCAUCCACCAUCCGUUCAAGGCAUGGCCAGCCCAUAGCAAUAGAAUCAUCACGUAAUUUUUCAAUCAGUACACGUGACCCGAAUGGUAUGCUCGAGAAUCAUUUAUUCCUGGGACACGAUAAGCUCGAAUGCCUGUCGUCGGGAUUUCGCAUCAACGAUACAAACGGACGAAAUUUAUUUUCCGUAAAUCGAAAUGAAGUCACAAUCGGUGCGCACGCGUUGCGCAUUGACGGCGAGGGAGGUGCCAUCUUUCGGGAAUCCAUACAGACGCCACACGUACGCGCCGAACCAGGACGAGAGCUCAGGCUGGAGUCGCCGACACGUCAGUUGGAGCUUACUGCGGCCAAGGAUAUAAACCUGCAGUCUCGAGCCGGUGGCAUUGAACUGUUGGCACUGGAGGAUGUAAAACUUCGCGCUCUCGAAGGCAGCUUGCGCUUGGAGUCGUCGAAAAUUUUAAUGCCCAACCUGCGCACCGCCCAGCCGCCCAUUAUGGGCAGCGCCCAGAGUCGCGAUCACCUGCAUCGAGUAUUCCAGUUGUGCGCCUGCUCCAAUGGGAAACUGUUUUUGGCGGCCCCGCAUUCGAUAUGCGCCGGAGACGACUCCACGGUUUGCAGAUGAUUGGGCUGGUAAGCCGAUGUGGUUGAUACAUACAAGUGUAUUCAAGAUUGCCGCCGUCGUAGCUAUAGUAGGUUUUGAUUUAUUUAUGCAUAUCGAUACCAGUAUAUCGAUAAAGAUAUCUUAUGGGUAUACUCGUAUAUAUUGUAGUACAUGCCUACAUACUCGUACAUACUCGUGCAUAUAGAGGUGCAGUUGUUGUUGUUUAUAGUUUAUGUUGUAAAUACUCGUACAUACAUAUCGUAUGCUUACAAAUGCGAACACACAUACACACUCGUAUACUCGUGUGCAUAUCGAACACUCAAUUAUCCAUACAAACAUACAUGCUACGAGUACAUAUGGAAAUAUUUAUGCGAAAUUUCAAAUGGUUAGCACUGAAAUGGAAGCAAAUAGGAAAGUGCAGCCAGUAAAGUAAAAGCAUGCAAAUAAAUAAUUACGAAAAUAAUCUAUGGGCGCAAAUGAAAACACGUACACGAUGCAGGCACACACAAACACAUACACCGAACACCACAGUUGUUUCA